CCGAGCGAACGCCAACCUGAGGUGGGAUGAAUCUGUUUGACUUCGGUGGUAGCUUUGGAUACACAUAUAGAGAACAUGCAUCCUACUUAGGAUUUAUACAUAUGUAACUCUGAAGAAAUCAUCUUCAACAAGAAUAAGCUGAGGAAAAUCGUGAUGAAGUGGAUGCUGUGUACAGUGCUGUGGGGCCUGUUCGGCAGUCUAUUUAUUUAUGGGACUCAUGAUUUGGAUUGGUGUGAAUUUGAAUUCCAUAUGAGUAGACUUGAUUGGGCAGGUGCACACUCUGUUUGUCGAGAGACCAACAGAACAUUGGCGAAAAUCAAUGGGUCGUCCCAACAUGCGUACCUGAUGAGCUUGUUCGCCAGCAGCGUGUCAAUGAUAGCAGUCGGACUGACAGUAGAACCGACCAUGUGGAUCGGACUACAUCAUGAUGCGGAAGAGUCUCUGCGAUGGGCCGGAUGUGACGCGUUCACGUCAGAGGCGGACUACUCUCCAGUGGUAAAUGACUUUGGGCCAGGCUGUUUCUUGUUGGACACCCGCCAUACUCAUUACACAACAGAGGCCUGUCAGGAAUCAAAACAGUUCCUAUGCCAGGCUGACGGUAUCGACGUUGAUUCAUGUUUCACUCUGACUCAAGACGUACCGGAUAUGACGUACAUUACCCAGGCGACGUACAGGAGUAAGACCCACUCCAGCGACUGCUUUGACCUCUGUACAGACUCGUGUCUAGGGUUCAAACAUGACGCGAGCGCCCAUAAAUGUUCCAUGAUGCUCCGUGGAAUUGGCGGGAAAAGUGGUCAAAAGGGAAAGAUUUACAUUAAAGGACUACUGAAACUCGAUGGCCAUCUUAAUGUCAGCGCCACCUAUCUUCCUUCCGACGUCUGCUCUGAGUACAUCGUGGAAGCUACAAGUUCCUCGUCGGAGGAAAUUGUGAUGACAAGUUCGCUUGACUCGUCCACGCCGUGCUGGUUGGAGAGUUCCGGAAGCGAGACGGCUGGCCUUCAGACGUCCACCCGAGGUAUUUCGGAUUCUUACCAUGCUGGGACACCGCAACUGCUUACGACUGAAGGAGGAAUCAACACGUCACCAUCAAAGACUGGCGCAAGUAUGUGUUCUACGUCGUCAGUUUAUGAGUCGACAUACACUUCGCCUAUCUGCUACUGUCCAUGUGGUGACGUCACAAAUACAACGAUUACACCAAAACAACUCGAAUCAAAAAUAAAUGAAAUCAAACAGACACUGACCGUGAGUAAGAAAGAUCUAUCGUCAUGGAAGAGGAAGUUAAUGAGUACCCCGGAUGACCGUGCGUCUGCGCAGAGUAUUGGGUACAUCGGGGCGGCCAUUAUGUGUUCCAUUGCCGCCAUAAUGAUUAUAAUGGAUCUCCCAAGACUGGGAGGGGACUUCCGGCGAUUCGUCAGAUCUUUGUGUUCAGGUCGUGUUCAGAACUACGAUACUGAUCCGAUAUCCACAUGACAUUUAAUUAAUGUCGUCUUGUUGUUUAAGAGAAUAUAUUGCAUCUAUCACUCUUAAAGAGUUCCAAUCAAGUUUUUAUAUGGGUGUAAAGUUACGUGACUAUAACGUACGAUAGCAAGAUAGGGUAUGCCGCGGGUCGUUUGUCAGUGGAACUUAUUAUUCUGUACGGAAUAUGAAUGUUUUAUCUAUGACCACUUUAUUGUUCAAGUGUUUAACUACUUCAAAACAUAUUCAUAUUUAGACACGAUUUAUUUCACUUUUGUUAACUUUUACAAUCAUGACAAGCUUAAGUGCAUGCGAUGAAGAAGUGUUGUUGACCGAUUUAAACUCUGAAUCAUUAUUUGUUCAUAUACUGGUGGAGUAAAGAAAAAUUGCGUAGGAAGUUUUAUAAGAUCUAAAGUCCAGAAAUAUAUAUAUAGAUUUGUUCGGCGCAUCAAUAACAUGGAAUGCAUCAUUUUACCACCAAUACAUUUUGAGAAAGAAAUGUUACUUUAAGUUAAAGCGUGAUCCCUCAAUACAGUUUUAGUUAGAAGUAUGCUGUAAUUCCUCUAUAGCAUGUUACGUUAAUAGAUACGUGCAUACUGGAAUUAUUGUAUACAAAGUUACUUUCAUACAUGCUGUAAUUACUCUAUAAAAUGUUACUUUAAAAGAUAUAGAGGAAUUAUGGUAUACAAUGUUACGUUCAUAUAUAUUGUAAUUAUUCUAUACAAUGUUACUUCAAUACAUAAUGGAAUCACUCACGAAAAACUUACUUUGUUGUCACGUGGUAUACUCUGAUAGUUGUAUCAAUUAUCGGGAAUUUUGAUUUGUUUAAUUACACUAUGAUAUGGCUAAUGUCUAUAUAAAAGAAAAAUAGUACAUAUUAUAUUGUUACUUUGCAAGUUUCUUUGUGAACAAAUGAAAUGUUUCAUUUCAUAAAACAUAUACGAAUCA